AUGGGAUCAUCAUAUUUCAAAGGUUGUAUUUUUCCAGAAGAAAUAAAGAUGAACAUCAAAGUACAACCCUUUCCAAAAAACGUUGUCAACCAAGAGUUAGUCUUGGACACAUACUUGGGAAUCAGUACUGGAAAGGAUUCAUCUGGUACUAGUACUCGCCACUACUUUGUUUUAGUAGACAUCUAUGGAGAAUCAAAUGAUGAAAUAGUAUUAGGAAUGGAGUUCCAUUUGAAUUUGCCAAAUUAUGGUACUUCAUUGGAAGUAGGUUUUUCUUCAUUCCGUGGUUGCCGUUCCCCAAUUCACACAAAGCUCAUUCGUCUUGGAAAGAUACCUUCUGUCAUUCUUGAGGGAAGCCAACAAGUCGACUGUACCGAGCCAAGUCUCCUGUGCUCUGGGGCUCUAGUAAGAUACAAUUUCUUCAUUAAGAAUAUAUGCAAAGGUGAAAGAGUUUGGGGUUCUGAGGUGAAUUGUCAGAAAUAUGCUCGUUUUCUUGUCCAGGACUUGCAGCUUGAGUGGCCGGAAAAUAUAUCAGUUGCCAGCGAUGUUUAUCCAGGUAUAGUUGACAUUUUCGAGGAUUUCCAAGAAACUAUACCUGGAUAA